AUGUGGUGGGGGAAUAUCAAAGGAAAGAAAAGAUUCUAUGACAGCGACCUUGAACAAGUUGUGACUACACAGCCUCAUUUGCCAAAAGCAAAGCUGACUCCUUUCAAAUCACUAGAGAAGAGCAAAAAGUUCCAAGAAGCUUUCAGUAGAAUGGGAGAGAGUGAAACGCUGUCUCAUAAAACAAUUGAAGAUAUAGAAGAAUACGUUUGCGAAAUUUAUGGGAAACGAAAAUUAUCCAGCGUCAAUAAGGCUCGGUUCGAAAUUUUCUUGGAUUGCUGCAAGCCAAAAUCGAACCAAUCUAUUUUCGGGGGUAUCAAGAAUUUUGAGGCCAGUCGUAUCCCUUCUUGCAAGGAUACAUUGAUUUGCAAAAUACGACGUGAAAAUCAAAUUGCAGCUAUUUGGAAAUUUGCUUUUAAUGAGAAACCAAACUUCUUCAACCCGGAAGGAAAUGGAUGGGUUAAAGAAGACGGCGAAUAUAAAAUAAAAUGGUUCCAGAGCGAACAAUUUCCGCAAAACCUAAAUGAAGUACCAGUAGCUGCCGAUGAUUCAAGUGAAGUUGAAUCUGAAGACGCUCACAGUAACGACGAUGAUGAGUAG